GGAAGCAAUUGAAAGGGGGAAGAAGGAAGGGAAACUUCAUUCUCUCUGACUCAGCCAAACCCAGCCAUCUGGCCUCCCCUCCGUCCCGUGUCCUCCCUGCCCCGAGCGAAGCAAGACAUUCGUCCCGAGACACCUGGCGGGGACCGUCUUUUUCAGGGAGAGUCAACAUGGCGAGCCGAUUCUGGUUGGCAGCUGGAGUGCUGAUCCUGGUGCUGGAUAGCGUGGUUCCCCAGCAAACCGUGUGCCAGGCGCCCAACGGCAGAGACGGGCAUCCAGGAGCCCCAGGGCGGAACGGAAGACCAGGACAGAAAGGCGAUGUGGGUGACCCAGGGAUGGGGACGAGGAGCACCGGAAUCCGGGGCCCAAAAGGCGAACCAGGACCGCCCGGUCCUCCGGGUGAACCGGGCAACCAAGGUUACCGAGGCUUGGAUGGCCCCAUGGGGCCCCCUGGUGAACAGGGCGAUAGGGGCCUAAAGGGCCAAGUGGGAAACAUCCAGGACCAGCCCAGGACCGCCUUCUCGGCUUCUCGGAGGAACCCCUCCCCAGGCCUCUCCCCGAAAACAGUGGUCUUUGACAACAGCAUCACCAACCAGGAUAACGCCUACAGCACUCAGACGGGGAAGUUCACCUGCAGCGUCCCGGGAUAUUAUUACUUCACUUUUCAGGUGGUUUCCCAGGGCAGCCUGUGCCUAAACCUCAUGCACCGGGACAAAGCGGUGGCCACGUUCUGCGACCAGAGCAAGGGCAUGCUGCAAGUCAACUCGGGGGGCAGCGUCCUGGAGCUGGCCCGAGGCGACCAGGUCUGGCUGGACAGCGACUCUCCCGGUGGGGCCAACAUUGUCAGCAGCUCAGACGCCGAUAGCGUCUUCAGCGGCUUCUUGCUGUUCCCGACGAGGGCUUGACAAGCUCAGGGCUUCGGGGGUGGGAAGCCCUCGCCAUGCUUCUCUUGCGAACGCUCCCCCUGCGAGGGAGGCCUGUGCCCGACUGAUGGGUGUCUCCUGCUCCUCCAUUCUGUGCUGCUCCUCCUCGCUGCCAAAUAAACCUUCUGAAUGUC